AUGGCGGAUCCGACUUUGAGAUGGGCCCCGACCAUUAUGGGAGUCCCUCCAGGGUUUGAUGAAGGCUAUGAAGAAGCCUGGUUUAGCUGGGGUGGUCUGCCUGGAGAUAGGGUAAUCCCAGCCCUCCCGGCAGAGUAUUAUCUAGAGCAGCAGGAAGGCCGCGCACUCUAUGUUAAGGGAUUCCCUCCCAGAACAACUCCCGGAGAGGUCAGGGCAUUCUUUUUGACAUAUGGCAAGGUCGACAAGUGCGUUACCGUGGUUGAUAUGGUAUCUGGGUUCUCAUUUCGCUGGGUUAUAAUGGCCAAUGCACAAGAUAUCAACAGAAUUAUCAGGAGUGUCCAGGGCCUGAUCGUUGAGCCCAAAGACGGCGAUGGAAAUAUUCCCACCUUCACUCUGGGGAUUUGUCAAGCCAUGGGUGGAACUCGGCACUUUGUUCUAGAUCCCAGAACCAACGUGGAUCGAGCCAUUAAUGGUGACCCAUUGCUGGAAUUUCCAGAUACGCAAACAGUCCGCCGCUAUUCAUCGCCAACCCUGCCGAAAUACCAACAACCUCUAGAGGCGGAGGAAGAAGCAGCCUCCCAGCCCGAGCCUUCAGUUGCCGUUCAAGAAGUACCGGUGACUAGGACACCUGAUAUAGUGAUCACCAAAGCGCCUAAAAAGUUUGUUACCAUGGCAGAAACUUGGGCAAGAAUAGCUGGAACCGCGCCCCCAGUUUCCAAGGUGAUCAACCUCCAUCCCGAAGAUAGAGCUCGCCUUAGGCAGGAGAGUCGCUCCACACCGGACUACGCAAUCCACCGCCGCUUGGAGGAAACCGAACCGAUGAUCGAUCAGAUGCGAGUUGUUUUCCUUGUCGAUCUUCCUAACAAUCUCAAUCUUCAGGAUGUCUCGGAUGCUGUGAAAGAAGGAUCUCUGAGAAGCAUCAACUUCGGUAUAGACGCUGAUAAGGGAACGCGAUUUGCUGGUCUUGUUUUUCAGUACGCAACAGAAGCUGAGAUGUUCCAUCAAGUUCUCUGCAAGGAGCGGGCCGACAGUAAGCCAGGCCGGUUCAAGUUCGUCGUUGAGUCCAUCCGUGGCGAAGCCUUUCCUAUCGAUGAAACUAUCAGGGCAAUGGGAUCGCCAAGCUAUGCUAGCCGCCGCCUCACCAUCGUCAAGUCUAAAUUCUUCUUCAUGUUUGGAGAGAGACAGAUGAGAAAUCUGUGCGAAAAGCUGGUCCCCAAGGAAAAUAUUCAACUGAUCUGGCUGUACAAUGGCGGUAAUGCGACGAUAGUCUUCAGCGAUGUGAACUCUGCGAUCAGCGUCAAGUAUGCUUUGGAUAAGAGGAGCAGGGGGUUUAGCAUACCGGAGGGUCAAUCGGCUGUAACCUGGGAGGGAUUGAUGACGACCUUCUCAAAGGAUCCCAGUGUUGCCCCUUUGGAGCUAAAGACUGCCAUUAUAAGCUAUUGA